UGAACCAUGGCAACUGACUGACCAUGACAUCACUUCCGCCACAGCUGAGACGUGUUGUGGUGGGACUGUGAUGGCCUCGGCGCCUAUUUACGGCGGAUUUUGGCACUUUUAGGCUAGAUUUAUACCACGUUCCGACACAACUAAGGAUGCAACAGCCACCCACAGCAAUAAAUGGAGGGGGCCCAGGCCAACCCUUGUUCCCCCAGGCCCCUCAAGCACGACCUCCGGCAUGGUCACCUGCAGUAAAGCCACCUGGGCCCCUACCACCCUCGGUUGCUGGUCCUCCAAGACCAAGCAUGCCUACCAUGAAUGGCCCACCCACUGGUCCUCCUCAGAGACCCCCUCAGGGACCACCACCAUCCAGGGCCUCACUGAUGAAUGGCCAGUCUACCCCAGCAUGGUCUGUCCCAAAGCUGCCUGGUGGCCCUCCACUCGGUUCCCCAAAUGGCCCACCAAGUGGUCCCCCUCCUCUCAAGCCUCCACCCACCACUACCAUGGCCAGUCCUCUGAUUAAUGGAUACCAGCGGCCACCAAACACACCAGAAACGCUCUCUAACCAGUCCUCACGCCAGCCCUCCCCAUGUCCUACCCAGGGGCUGAGUGUGAAUGAUGUGAGGAGCUCCCCUCGAGAGUCCCCCAGGAUGUCACCUGUGCCACUGAAGAUGGGGCAGCAAGGUACUCUACAUCCUUCCAACACACAUCCAGCUGCCCUUCCACCACAUCAGGCACCCACUCUCACCACCUCAACUAGUGGCAAUGCCCUCAACACACCCAAGCCAGCCAUGGAUGUGCCAUCACCCAUACCAAACUCAUCGAGUGCCACAGCCCCACUUCCAAACUCUGCCCAGUCCAUUCCUGCUUCCUCUACUGCCAACUCUGCACCAUUUUCUGGGAUCCCUCACACUUCUGCUGGCCCUCAAAAGCCUCCCCCCUCCUCCACCAUGGCACCUCCAAUGACAUCCAACUCACAAGCAGGGCCAGGAGGGGCACCCAGAGGGCUUCCCAUGACACCACUGAGACCCCAGCAGCCAGGAGGCCCCGCACCACCCCUAGGCACCCCAGGACUAUCCCAUGGACCGCUGGCUGGGCCUCCAGGUCCAUCUCCUAGACCAUUGCCUCCUGGUGCCAGCCAGCCUCCUAUUAGCCCCUUCACCCCUGGAGCUCCUCCAUCCAUGGCAGCUCCCAGACCAACCUUAGGCCCUCCCCUGGCAUCCAUGAAUGGGCCUCCUACUAGGCCAGGUCUUCCUCCAUCCUCUGUGGCACCACCACCAUCUGCCACACAUUUACCUCCUUCCACCACAGCUUUUGGUCCACCCCCACCAUCCACCUUGGCUCCACCCUCCAAAAGUUAUGGUCCAUCACCAACUUCACGUUUUGGCCCACCUCUACCCUCCACCAGUAGUUAUGGGCCACCCCCAACCUCAACUAUUGGCCCUCCCACCACGUCAUCCUUUGGCCCACCCCCAGUGUCACCCUAUGGCCAGCCCCCCAGACCACAAUAUGGCCAGCCCCCCACAUCAUCAGCUGUAGGCCCUCCCCCCACCUCAUCAGCUUUUGGCCAACCCCCCACCACAUCAGCCAUGGGUCCUCCCACACCAUCAACCAUGGGCCAGCCCCCCACUUCAUCAGCCUAUGGACAGCCCCCCACUUCGUCAGCCAUGGGUCCACCUCCCACCUCACCCUACGGCCAGCCUCCCACUUCAUCCUAUAGCCAGCCCCCAGCAUCACCAUAUGGCCAGCCUCCUCCAAGGGGAAGCUUCCCACAACCUUCCCCUGCUGGGGGUUCCUCCAUGCCUCGGUACCCUGGCCAGCAGUAUAGUCAGGGUAAUGUGAACCAGCUGUCCCAACAACUUGGUGGGAUGUGUGUCACCAGGGAUGGGUGGAACAAGGGCUGGGGCACAAACCAAAUAGAUCUGCUCCAGCACAGGCAGGUGGUGCCCCCGGGAGGUAUAGUGCCUCCAAAGCCAGUCCUAGCUCAGGAGUACCUUCCUAACUGCUCCCCUGACAUCUUCCGCUGCACGCUAACCAAGGUACCAGAAAACAAGAAUAUUCUGCAGAAGUCAAAGCUGCCUUUUGGCCUCCUCAUCCACCCCUUCAGAGACCUGGAGCAUCUGCCAGUGGUGAGUUGUAACACCAUCGUGCGGUGCCGGUCGUGCCGCACCUACAUCAACCCCUUUGUGGUAUUUAAGGGAGACCGGCGGUGGGAGUGCAAUCUUUGCUUCAGGGUCAAUGAGCUGCCGGAGGAGUUCCAGUAUGAUCCGGUGUCCCGCACCUACGGCGACCCUUCGCGACGGCCAGAAGUGCGCGAGGCCACCAUAGAGUUCAUUGCACCUCAAGAAUACAUGCUGCGGCCGCCCCAGCCUGCCACCUACCUCUGGGUGCUGGAUGUAACACGCCAGGCUGUGGACACAGGAUACCUCAAGGUGGUAUGUGAUGCUCUUAUCAGCCAGCUGGACAAGAUCCCAGGUGACAGACGCACCAUGAUUGGCUUCAUUACCUACUCCAGUAGUGUUCAGUUCUACCUCAUGGGUGAAGACCAGAAGAACGUGCAGAUGCUGGAGGUGGGAGAAGUGGAGGACAUGUUUAUUCCUAACCCUGAAGACCUACUGGUGAACUUGGAUCAGAGUCGUAACCUGGUGGAGGACUUCCUCACCACACUGCCUGAUGCCCACGCUGCCUCAUGCCACACCCAGUCAGCUCUUGGUGCUGCACUUCAUGCUGCUUUCAAACUCAUGAGUCCCAUUGGUGGCCGCAUCACUGUCAUGACCACCACGCUGCCCACAGUGGGCCCCGGCGCCCUUAAGCCUCGUGAGGACCCCAACCAGCGGGCCAGUAAAGACAUCCAGAACAUGGGCCCAGCCACAGACUUCUACAAAAAGCUUGCCCUGGACUGCUCUGGCCAGCAAAUCGCAGUCGACCUGUUUGCCCUCAACUCUCAGUAUGUGGACCUUGCCACUCUCUCUGGGGUGAGCAAGUUCUCUGGUGGCUGCAUUCAUCAUUUCCCGAACUUCCAUGUGGCAAGGAACCCAGCCAGCCAUGCACCGUUUGUGUCAUGCCUCAACCGUUACAUCACCAGGAAGAUUGGCUUUGAGGCUGUCAUGAGAAUCAGAGCAACAAGAGGCUUGGCCAUCACCAAUUUCCAUGGCAGUUUCUUUGUGCGGUCAACAGACUUGCUUUCACUGCCAAACAUCAACCCUGAUGCUGGGUUUGGCAUGCAGGUCAACAUUGAGGAGCCACUGCAUAAUAUCCGUACAGCUUGCUUCCAGGCAGCUCUUCUCUAUACUUCCAGCAAAGGUGAACGCAGGAUCCGGGUGCACACACUGUGUUUGCCUGUGAGUCCCAACCAGCACGAGAUUGUGACGGCAGCAGACCAGGAGGCAGUGGUUGGCAUGCUGGCCAAGAUGGCAGUCGACCGCUGCCUCACUUCCUCUCUCUCAGAUGCCCGUGAUGCUCUGGUCAAUGCCACUGUAGAUGCUUUGAUGGCCUUCCGUUCUGGUCUGUCACAUCCUGCCCAUGGCACGCUGGAUGCUCCACCCACUCUGCAGCUGCUGCCUCUCCUGGUGCUGGCUGUCAUGAAAUCUGUUGCCUUCCGAGGGGGCUUGAGCACCAAGUUGGAUGACCGGCUCUUCACCAUGUGUCAGCUCAAGUCACUUCCACUGCGCCAGAUGCUGACUCAUGUCUACCCCGACCUGUAUCCUGUGCAUACCUUGUCAGAGAAGGGGGCACUGGACAUUGAUGAUCAGAUAAUUCCUCAGCCUGGCCGUCUGCACCUCUCAGCAGAGCGUCUGGAGAGGUGUGGAGCGUACCUCAUGGAUGCCGGCAACACCAUCUUCUUGUACAUCAGGUGUGGUAUCUCAUCUGCUUGGGUGGAGGCCACUCUCGGUGUGCCCAGUUAUGCAGUAAUACCACAGCCUCUCUUUGAAGACCCCCUGCCCGAGCUUGAUACCACCGAGUCACAGAUGUUGAGGAAUUUUGUCGCUCACUUACAGAGGAGCAAGCCUUACCCAGCACCUAUUGUUGUCCUCAAGGAGGAUAACCCAGCCAGGAUGCUCUUCAUCCAACACUUGGUGGACGACAGGACUGAAGGCUCACACUCCUAUGUGGAAUUCCUACAGUUUUUAAAGUCUCAAGUGAAGUAAAUGUGUAAUAUUUUUUAAUGUUUAGAAAUAGUAAAGUGCAUUUUGUGUGCAAACUAUAGCGAGUGGGUGACCAGAUUUUUGGGAGAAUUGUUCGGUUCCUAAGGUGUCAGCCCUGUUUUAUAUUUUAGUCUCCAAGCCAAGGUUUCCUGUGAUCAAUAGGCACCCCAUUUUGGUACUGAGGUGUAAGUAAAGGCUGUCAGUGAGAUGACUUGCAAUGUCCUUCUUUCAUACCAGUCUAGCUUUUGUAUAUGAUUUUUGUUUAUAUUGUAGUUUAAGUGCUUUCAUGAGAGAGAGAGAGAGAGAGAGAGAGAGAGAGAGAGAGAGAGAGAGAGAAAAUGUUUAUUGGAAAUCACAUAUUUGCUGUAACUAGGAAGGACACUUGUAAUGUCAAACACCUUUUUAUCCUUUAUCAGAAAUAGUUUGAUGCCUGUUAGUGUUGCAUUGAGUGAGUGAGUGCAUGAGUGAGAGUGAGAGUGAGCUGUGUCUGGUUGUGGAGGAGCGGCUUGGACAGGGACACACCAGGGGGUCGCCACACCAUUCAGAAACAUUGUAAAGAAUGCCUCUAAAAGUUUUCAAACAAAAAGUUGCAUUGGUUUAAAUAAAGUGAUUUAUAUUUACAUGUAUCGCUUGUCCACAGAUGCUAUAGACGAAUAUAUACAUAAUGUAAAACAAGAAUAUAUGAAUAUAUACAUAUAUAUAUACAUACGUUGCUCAAUAAUCUUGUUUAUAUAUGGAAGUGUCUGUUAGGCUUUGCUCUGCUCUCUGUUUGGGAUGUGCUUCACCCUGGUAGCCAGAGGCAGUUGUGUUGGGGGGCAAGAUGUUGGGUGUCCUUCCCCACUGAUAUGGUGUGUCAGGGCAGAAAUUAGUGUUUUCUCUCAUUUUGUAUAAUUUUUCUUGAAAUCUUGCCCAGUCUUUGUUAGGUUAUAUUACUAUUCCAGUCAAAGUUAUAUCUGAUUGCUUUUGUGGUUGUUCAAGACUACUGUCAAAAUGGCUGUAGUUUUCUCAGCCAAUGUAAUACUGGGGUGGCAGCAAAUACACACACGCACACACACACACACACACACACACACACACACACACACACACACACACACACACACACACUUUCAACACUGUAGGGAUGUAUAUAUAUGCUGUACAUAAUACACCAUUGCUCCAGUGCUGAUGGUAGUCAAUGUCUAGACAUCAUAUGCACAAGUUAUAAUGCUGAAUGUUUCUUUAAUUUGUGAUCUGUGAGAGGAAGUCCUUAUUUAUCUAUACUACUUUCAGUUACUUUUUUGUAACUUUUGUGCAGCUGAAAAUAGUGCCAAUUACCACUGUAGUUGAAUUUCUUUGAUGAACAACAUUCAUGGAGCAGGAAUGCUGUGGAAUUUCUUGUUAGAAGGAAUACAAAGAUCAUCUGCUAUAAGAAUGUUAAACAAGGACUUUAUCUUGAUGCGGAAAAGGAAGUUACUCGGUUAUGACCAAGCAAACUCUCCAAACUUAACUGGGAAAACAAUAUAUAUUUUAAUGCAUUAUUUUAAGGUGCAAUGGAGUAGGAAGGAAAGUGGACCAAAUACUAGUUAAUUUUUAAGAAACUUUGGAAGCAGUUAGUCUUGUGAUCUUCAAUUCCUUCUUCAACUAUUUUAAGACAACAAUGACAAUUUGAGUUGGAAGUGUAUUGCUCCUAAAAAAGGGGUUUGUUGGAAAGUACAUCCAUGAACAAGAAGCCACAAAAUGAAUUGCUUGAUUGCUGAAUUUUUCUUUUUUUUAGAGUUGUCUGCAGAUAAUUUCAGAUUGAGCAAAAGCUCCACAAGUCAUGUAAUUGAAUUUAAAGUAAAAUCAAUUUAGCAUCAGGUACAUCUGCUUACAGAACUGUUUUGUGGAAAAUCCAGAACUGGAUAAACCUUGGCUACGGAUCUAACAGUAUGUGUCAUAAAUGGAAGUUUAGUUUUGGUAUGUUAGCCAACAUGAAUGCUAUAAAAGAGGUUUUCUACUUCAUUUCAGUGCAGGCCGUUGUCUUGUAACUAAACAGUUCUAAAGUAUGGAGUGUAAUUCAUUAGCACAGAAUGUUGCAUCUGUUGAUCAUGAACUGAUGCAGUGAAAGGACUCAAACUGAUCUUGCCAUAAAUAUCUAUACAACUGGUCAGCACCAAAUGAAGAAGAAUGAUUGAUAGAAUAUAUACACAAAAUUAAGAUCAUGUCCAGCCUGUUGGCCUCUAAGGAGGACAAGGGGCAAUCCACAUCAGCCAUCCUGCACAAGGGCUAGUGUUAUCAGGGCCUGACUGUGACUUGGUGUACUUCUGCUUUACCAUGGCAGACCCUUCCUUUUUCCUGUAUCUGACCUUAUCAGUUGGCCUGAUCAGAUGGGGAUGAACCUCUCAUAGAGGCCCUUGGGUCACACCCCACCUAUGCAUUCACAGCUGUCAAUUCCUAUCGUGUACAACUGACCACUGUUCUUGCCAGAUGAAUCAAUUAUCAUAUGUUAACCUGAACUGAAUUUUACUAAGAAUGAUCAGUACUGAUGGAUGCAUCAUACUAUUCUUGCUAAAGGAAGUACAAUGAAAUUGUAAGGUGUCUUAGCAUGGCUUGUGUGAAUUCAGUAACAAAGGAUGUACAAGUGAAAUGUUGGUCAUAAAUUAAGAAAUUGUCACAAAGGCAUCUUGUUCUGAUAUAGCAACAGUAUCAAUGCACAUAUCUCAGUCACUGCUGUUGCUUUCAAGCUGAGGCUGAAGGAAGCUUUCAUUAGUGUUGUGUAAAAAACACUUGAAUCUAAUUUUUCCACCUGAUUGAUGUAGCAGCAAAAACCUAGUCAGAAAUAUAAGGUCAAAUAAAAUACUCCAUGGAAGUGAAGGUUGUGCUUUGAGAUUUGGCUGCAACAGCUUAGCACAUCAGUGUGGGGGAAAUUAGAUGGAUGAACAGUGUGCCAGGGGAGAGUGCAACAUGCAGGGAGUUUAAAAGUGGAUGGUCUUAAGGACUGGAAAACUUAUCGGAAUGUGCAUUAUUAUUAUUAUUAAUUUAUAUUAUUAUUAUUAUUAUUAUUUUUAUUUAUUUUAUUUAUUUUUUUUUUUUGGCCAUUGCCAUAUCCAAAGCACUGGAGUAAAGGUGGUCACUGUACAUUUCCAUGAUGGUGAGCGAGGGAAGAGAGCACAAUAAAAUGUUAUGAAUCAA